CGGGUCGAAUGAGCUAUUGGGGUUCCCAAAUAUUAACGGGGACAAACAGACAGACAAAACAGACACACAGACGGAUGGACGGAGAUAGGCAAGUGUUCCGAGAAAACGCGAGACCAUAACCGGAUUCUAUACGCUUUCUUAUUUCCGUUGUUUUUGUGUUUUAGUAUUUUUAAUUAUUUAUUUAUUCGCUGUAUUUAUUUAUCGAUUGAUUGCGUUUUAAUUACUGCCUUGUGACAGAGCGCGAGGGAGGAGGAGCGUCAGGGCCAAGCGCGCGCGUUGUGUUUCUGUGUGUGUGUGUGUGUGUGUGUCCGUGCAGCCUUUUCCCCACUUGUUUAUUUAUUUGUUGAUGAUAGCCUUUAAUGAAGCUGUUUUAAAUGUGCUCGCGACGAGAUCCGCUGCUUUGCGCGAGCGGAUGAAUGUCUUCUAUGUAGCCUUCAUGCAAAACAGAAAGGAGAAGGCGCGCGUGCAGCUAAAUACCAAAUACAAUAGAUCAUACCAAAUACUACAGAAAUCCAAAUAAGACUUUAUAACUCUGCUGGCCUUUUACACUGUCCUGUGUGUUUCUACGUGUCAUCAUUUAAUGUGCCGUUUUGAAUUGCAAAGCGAAAACCAAAGCUAAGCCCGGCCGGUGUAUGCUACAGGAGGAGGCUAGCGACUGUUCUCAUGCCUUUUCACACCUAUAGGAAACAUUACUGGCGAGGAGUGAGCGGAUAGAAUAAGCUCCCGGGCCUCUAUGUUUACUCAAGGAGAACGUUUUAGCAGUGCAAAGGUAACAGAGAGACGCAGGGGCUUCAACUACAGACAGGUGACACACAGCCUUUUAUUAUAAAGCCACUCAAAUAGGCCUGGCAUUGUAACACAACUUUUCCUGUACAAGUGCAGUCUGAUCCCCUCUCUAUCCGUCUGUGUGUUAGUCUGGACUGUAAGAUAAACUGCUGCACUCAAGGGACCAUCCUACAUAUAUGUUCUAUGCACAUUUACACCAAAACUAAUGCCGGCCACCAGUCGACAUCCACAAAUGUAAAUAAAAGGGCGCAGCUGGGCUACAUGUGUACACACCUAACGGCGAAUGUUGUGAGCUCUCCAAACCAAAUAUUUCCCCAAAGCUGUGUACCAGAGAAACGGACGAAGACACCAACUCUUCAGAAAAGGACACAGCUCAUUACAGUACUUUUGUCAGAUUAUUUGCAUCAAAACAAGAAUCCGGAGGAAGAUCAUGUUUGUUCCCUUGCCGGUGCCGUUCGUGUUUCAGAGAACUGCCGCUGACCUCAACGCCUGGGGUCUCAAGUCCCCUCUGGCUCUCCGCUCCAACUCCGAUAUCAGGAUGUCAAAGCCAGUAGAGGUCGAGAAAGUAGGGGCUAACUCACCGCUGGAGGGCACAGAUUCAGAGCGGAAUGGACCUGAAUCAAAUCACCAGGCUCAUUCAAUGAAAGUCAAUCCCUUUCCCCUUUCACCAAACCUGAGCAGCAACAAGCAAAAGAUGGAGGAGUGUGGUGAGAUGUCCCCAGCCCUUCCUCUCUCUCACGGCCCGACCCCCUCACAGACGGCACUGCAACACACUCAGCUCAUGCUGACCGGCUCCCAACUCGCAGGGUUGACAGCUCUGUUGCCAGCGCAGCAGCAGUUGUUGCUGCAGCAGGCUCAGGCGCAGCUCUUGGCCGCAGCUGUGCAGCAGUCCAGUGCAGCCCAUGCCGCUCACGCUGCCCAUGCAGCUGCCCAAGCCAAUCAGCAAGCUCAGGCAGCCGCAGCAGUAGCAGCAAAUCAUCAAGCCCAGCAGCAGCAGCAGCAGCAGCAGGCGGGACAAACAGGGCAGCAGGCCCAGUCGCAGUCCCAGGGACAGAGCACACAGGAACAGACAGCCCAAAGUGUCCCUGUCCAACCUCCUCCACCCCAACUCACCCUCUCCCAGCCAAUCCAGCUCACCGCCCAGGACAUCCAGCAGCUGCUGCAGCUUCAGCAGUUGGUGUUGGUGCCCGGCCACUCGCUCCCGUCUCCAGCCCAGUUCCUCCUCCCACAGGCACAGCAGGGCCAGCAAGGUGGGCCGGCGUCCUACUGGGAUUUAGGACUCCUAUCGACACCAAAUCUCCUUUCGCUACCUCAGCAAAACCAAGGGAGCCUGCUGUCUGCUUCAAAUAGAAUGGGCCUCCAAGCACAGCGCGAUAAGAGUAUGGAGGUGAGCGGUGUGACCGCGGUGCCCUCCGUGACCACUCACUCCGAGGAGCCCAGUGACCUGGAGGAGCUGGAACAGUUCGCUCGCACUUUCAAACAGAGACGCAUCAAACUGGGCUUCACGCAGGGAGAUGUCGGUUUGGCCAUGGGGAAGCUGUACGGCAACGACUUCAGUCAGACCACAAUCUCCCGCUUUGAAGCCCUCAACCUGAGCUUCAAGAACAUGUGCAAGCUGAAGCCACUGCUGGAGAAGUGGCUCAUUGAUGCAGAGACCAUGUCCAUAGACUGUACCAUGCCCAGCCCCAGCUCCCUGUCCUCUUCCUCUAUGGGCUUCGACGGGAUUCCUGGUCGCCGCAGAAAGAAGAGAACCAGCAUCGAGACGAAUGUACGCGUGGCCCUGGAGCGCGCAUUCAUGACGCAGAACCAGAAGCCUACCUCAGAAGAGAUCCUGCAGAUCUCAGAGCAGCUCAACAUGGAGAAGGAGGUGAUCCGGGUCUGGUUCUGCAACCGCCGGCAGAAAGAGAAACGCAUCAACCCCUCCAGCGCCACCCCUCCCCUGCCCAGCCAGCCCCCCACUGCUCCAUCAAUGCACAAACCGCCCUGCUACAGCCCUCACAUGAUGUCCAGCCAGCUGUCGCAGGCCGUGACCAGUCUCAGCACAACGGGGACCACCAUGUCCCCCGGCUGCCCCAUGACUUCCAGCCUCACCUCCACCCACCCCUCUCUCAGCUCCGUACCCUCCCCGGUGACUCCUCCUCCUCCCCGCAGCACGGCCAGCCCAGCCAUGCCCAGCCACAGCACACUCAACCUCAACACAGGUUUAUGGCGUAUGGGUAAAAAGAACGGUGACGUGUCUAACUACAUCACCGAUUUUGCUGCAAACUUGAGGAACACUGUGAUGGGAGUUAACACAGGGAUGAACCAAGCUCUACUCGGUAACAAUCCCCUGGCCACUAUCCAAGCCCUAGCAGCCAGUGGUGGCCAGCUGCCUCUUUCCAGUCUUGAGGGGGCCAGUAAGUUAAUGCUGGGGGCCUCUGGGGGCCAGGGAAGCCUCCCCUCCUCCCUCUUCCUCAACCACCCCGCCCUCCUCCACAUGGGCCAGAACCACGGCGCUGGACUCCUCAGCGCCGCCAUAGCCAAAGCCUCCCAAGCCUUCCCCUUGGCCAGCAGCAUCAGCCCCACCCCCUGCUCCCCCUCCCCCUGCUCCAGCCCCGCCUCUUCCUGCUCCUCCAGCGAAAUGGCACACAGCCCGCCCUCUCUGGGCGGAGCCAAGUUUGAGUGACCGCGCCAAGGGCCAAUCAGAGAGGAGGAGGAAGGAGGAAACGAAAACCUCACCUUUCACACCAAAGCUAUCUCUUUCUCUCUCUUGCGCUCUUCUUCCGUUAUUUUUUUCGCAAUGGUUCUCUCUCUCUUUCUCUCCCAGUCUUUCAAUGCCAAAAAUACACAGAAUGAAAGAGGAGAGAGGGAGGGAAAGAAGUGAAAGAGGGGAGAAGGGGGGGGAAGGGGAAGAUUGAAACCAAAAAUCUUUAUCUAUCCAAACAGAUGGAGAGAAGGCAACGUGGGACCUUUUUGUCAAUAACACGUGAUAUCGACAGCUCUUAACUCUUUCUCUCUAAAGGAAAACAAACCAAUGACUCUUUAACCGAGAGACGGAAGAGAAGCAUGUCGAAGUGCAUAAACCAAAAAUGACAAAAGAUAACUUUACUAUGUGACAAAGGAAUGGCGGCAAGGACAAGAAAGAUGGCGAGGAGGACUGUGCUUACGUUUUCCCUUUUUUUUGUAUUAUUUCGAAAAGCUGCGGGUCUGAAGGAAGAAGAGAAGGGAGGAGAAGUUUAAACCAAAAAUGUACGUGAGGCGGAGGAGGAAUACACAAUGACAAAAAAGAAAGAAAAAAAAAAACGACAACCAUACCAAAACCCCAAAUACCAAAAACCAAAAAUACGGAGAGAAAAGCUUUAUUCAAAGGACGUGUAAAUACUGAAGCUAUCCAGGACCAGGACUCUACUGCUACUGCUACACACACACACACACACACACACACACACACACAUCAAGAGCCAAUCCAUCCUGCCAUCGACUCAUCCUGUCUGUGUCAGCUCAUGUGUCUCUUGUAGGUUUUCAUGUUAGAUAUAUUGAGUCAUGUUGUAGAAGCUUGUCACUGAGCGAGUGGAGAGCUUCAUGUGUUAGUCUCUCUACCUACCUCUGGUUCCAAGAGCAUCGAAGAGCUUUCCUCUCCUUUUUAUUUCUCUUCUUAUUCACUAUGUUUCAUACCGUUGGGAUUUGUUUUUCAUUUAUUUAUUAGUGUCGUUUUACAAUUCAACUCCUAUUUAUUGUUGCAGCUUUCUUUAGUUUUUUUAACGUUAGCGUCUGAGGUUUGAAUCAUCAUCAACUGUCAUCAUCAUCAUCAUCAUCGUCUUCGUCGUAUGUGUUUCAAACGUGACUAUUCUGCAGGAGCAGCGAUGACGCUGGGUGAAAAGAUGCUCACCAAGUGCCAGAGAUCCAAGAGUUGGCAGAGCCGCGAGUUGAUUUCAAGGUGUGAAUGAAUUUAUUAAGACGUAAACAUGUGACUCUUCCCUCGCUCCUAAAGAUAACCCAUCAUCAGAGACUCCAUGGCUAAAGGAACAUGCCCUGGACAACUUCACACGUUUGUUAAGAGUGGCGACCAUUUUGAAAGUAUGAAAUAGGGCUGUGAUUGGAGAUUUAAAAGUAAUAAGCAUUGAGACUGAAGGCUAAAAUAAGUCAAUAAAGCCACGUUUAGUCACAGCCGGCUCUCAUUCCUGCCUCGUCAAUCAGCAUAGACGCCCCGACACACCUGUCUGUCUAGACAUGUUUACUGAUAUUUGUCUGUUUCCAUCAUCACUCCAUCGAUCACAUUUCACCGUCAUUUUCCACCUCAGACUGCCAUUAAUUCUCAAAUGGAAACCAAAGCAUUCUCAAGGCUGGGCUGUUCUUAAAGAGCCUCCGCCAUGACACGUGAACACAACAAAGACACAGAGGGGCAGGACGUAAGCCCCCUUGGUGUAAUCCCCUCCACCUGGCCCGUCCAACAAAAAAAAAAAAAACCCACGGGGGAAGCUUUAUUUAGGGAACUGAUCCUUUACUCCGAACCCCCCAGAAAGGAAGGGACGGGGCGACGGAGGGACACACCGUAGUGAGGGGAGCAGGCGUCACACUUUUUUUGUAAGAGGAUACCAAAAAUAAACCCAUACCAAAAAAAAACAAACACACAACCCAAGGAAUGACAGAAGCAAACCAAAAAGAACCCAAACCAAAUGUAGCUGGAGGGAGGAGGGGGGGGAGGGGAGGAGGACAAAGUGCAGGUGUCCACAGAGGUGAAGCCGUCUGUCUGUCUGUCUGUUAGCUUCAGGGCUGCAGCAUUCGCCCCUCUCUGAAACUGUGUAGCAUGGAUGGAGGGAUGGAUAGACGGGGCAGAUAGACAGGCGGACAGAAGAAGGACAGACAAUUCCUCCCCUCCUCUGCCUCUCUCUCCAGCUCAGCUCUCUGGUCCUGGAUGGAGCUAAACGCAAAUGACCUCACUGAACUGAAAUCUUCUAAAAAAAAAUGUGUUUUUAUUUUUCUGUUGGUUGGUUUUGAUUGUUUUAUCUCUGCUGUGUCUCUUGAUGCCGUUUUAUGUACUGUACUUUAGUGCUUAUUACUCAUUUGGAAUAACGUACUCGCUUACUUACUACAAGAGCUCCUUAUUUUUUUCGUAGUCGUGCUAGAGAUUUUUAUCAGGUGGUUGGAAAAAAUACUGUGAAAAUUUAGCUUCCAGAUUUUUAUUAGAUAAAGAAACACACUGUCUUGGCAGAGAACAAAAGACACACAAAAAGCCAAAAACAAAGAGUUGAAUAGCAAACCUUAAAAAUGCCAAACCAAAUACCGAACCAAACCAAACACAGUAGAGAGGAAGAGGAGCGGCCCUCUCUGCUCGAGGGCACACAAGUGGGUCAAUUUGUCUGAGGUGAAACUGCGUUUGUCUGUACUUAAGUGUUAACGGGAGGCCAAAUGGUAAAAAAAAGAAAAAUGAAAAGGGUCUGCAGUGAUGUCUUGUCCUUAAUUUUGACCCCCCAGAGACAGCAUAAUGGGCUCUCCCAGCGCAGAACAACACACACGGCAGCAGCGGCCUCAGUCAAGUUGACGGUUUAGAGAGUCGGACGUAAACGUACCCAAAGAAAUAUUUGGUUUGAUCCACACCAGAAAACAGUCGACACGCGAGAAUCGUUUCACGCAGCGAACUUUAGAUGUGGGGUUUGCACCUUAAAGGUGAAACCUUUUCUCCACAUUGACUCUUAGACGGAAUGUAUCUGUUAGUGCUUCUAUAGAUUUUGUAGAAAAAAGAUCUAUGUUCUACUGCUUACUUAUCGCUAAUGUAUUAAAAAGAAAAAAACUUACAAAAAAGACUUUGAGAAAAAAAAAGAUCCUAAAAAACAUUGAUGAUAAUAACUUGAUUUUAGACCAAAAAUUUUAACUAUCUCUCUUUGGACUUUUUUUAUUUCUCUUUAUUAAUGAUGAUUUAGACUUUUGAUUGUACUAUUUAUUCAGGUUAGGAUUGAUUUAUUUGCUUGCUAUUUAUUUGUUAAUUUAUUUCUAGAGGUGCUUUUUUCAUAUUCUGGGAUGUAUUUGUGAUGGAGUUUUUCAUUUGUGCCCCUUACUGAAGUUCUUUCUUACUUCUUUAAACCAAAUAACACCAGAAAUGCAACCACGGGUCCUGUGAGGACUUAAUAAGAGAAUGUGGCUGAUUGGAUGGUCAGCCAUGAAGAUAUUCUCCUGCUCACAGUAGUGAGAGGCAGCACUGUGUGCACGAACACCUCAUCAUUUACAGGGCUUUUGAAGGGAAAGAAUGAAUUUGGUGGAGGCUUUGUAGACAGACACAUGCCUUUGCUUCGCCUGAUAAUAAGACAGAAAAGGCUAGUGGAAAUUCAGUUUCAAUGGAGACGCGUACAUGUAAUUCAUGUGUGAAAAACUGCCUCAGUUACAGCAUGAGGUGUUCUUUGAGGCGCGGUGCUGCCUCUGUUCUCGAUAUUUUCUCCACAGGGAGAACACACAGAAAGCUUUACAGCUACACAACCAAAAAACACAAAAGAAGAAGAUCAACUGGGGCGAAGGCCAAUGGUUCUUACAUGAUGGAGAGGAAAGAAGGAGGCAAGAGAGAAGAGGGUGUUUUGGAUUUCCAGACGUAAAUUGCCCUCGACUUUCUCUUUUCUUUCUCUUUUUUUUGUUUCCACUUUUCUAGAAGUCGGUUUUAAACUUUUUUCUUCAUCCACUGUAGGAUGUAAAAGAGAGAUAGUUCAUCAUAUACCUCAUAUUCUUUGAUGAUAAACCAAAUAGAUGAAUGCUUUAAAGUGCGGGGUUCAAGUGGGGAUCAGGGUACCGCGACGGUACGUGUGGACAGUGUGGUCGUGUGGCCGGGAGCAGUAAGGCCGGGUUAAAGGUCAAAGGUCGUUUUCCUAAUGGAGGUAAACUCGAGGGAUUGAUCUGGGAAUUACCAGAUCAUCCACUCGAUCUUCUCCAUGGCAUUCAGAAGGUGCCAUUUAAGGUCAAAGGGCCGCACUGGUUCACACUCCGGUCCACACACACACACACACACACACACACACCUUGUCCCCCUGGAAAACACCCCCCGCUGUCUGUGUUGAGCUUUGAACACAGCCCUCUCCUCAUAUCUGACCCUCACUGCUUCCUCCCUGUCAAACACGGACUGUGGGCUUAAAGCUGCUCUUUGGAGCAGAUCUAGGAUCAAAUCUGGAUCCAAUUUUUGGGCUUACAAAUAAAAAACCUUCUUGAUUCAUGCCUCAGAGCAACUUUACCACAAAGGUCUCCGAGCCCCCUCUCGCCUUUAGGUCUUGAUUGCCUGAUGAGGGGGCAUGUUGACCAGUUCAUGUGCAGCAGAGAGCGCCGUAGGGCAGGUUGUUUGGGAUGGCUGAGACCAGGUUUGCUAGGUGAUGCAUCCAGACACUUCUCACGACUCGGUGUGUGUUGAGACAUUGGAAGUCGCUUGCGAUCAAGAGUGUUGUUGUUUUGCUCUCUUUUGCAUUGAGAGGAAAUGGGAGCAGAGCUCUGCUGCGUUUCUGACGAGGCACUUCUUUUGUGAACCUCAGGGUUUGAGGGACCGGGUGUACAGUGUUCAUCUCUGUGGCGGGGAUACCCCUCUUAGUGAAUGAUACCAAAGUCAAUGCCCCGCCAUGGGAUCCAGCACCAUGUACACACUCCCUAAAGCCCUGCUGUCCACCUGAGUGUUCAGAAACUCCUCUUUCCUCCAUUCUUUAGUAUCUCUCUCUCUCUCUCUCUCUCUCUCUCUCUCUCUCUCCACAAUCACAGUGUCCCUCAAGGCUCAGAGAUGAAUCUUUAAAACAUCUUUAAAAGAAGCUUUAAAGAAUAACUUGACUUGCUGAGAGUCCAGGAAGGAAUAGUUUGUGCACCUAACUCCUUAUGUACAGUGUAAACAAAUGUAAACAUUUAAAUGAGGUGCUGGUAAGCGGAUAUUUCUCCGUACACAUGAAUGAAUCUUUAACACCAUAUUCAAACUAAACUUAAUACGCUGAGUCGGUAGCUUCCAGCGGCGUAGCUCCCCUCACUGGUGACUGAGAGCAACUGUAGCUCAGCCUUGAUCUACAUUUCAUUACUGCCUGCUUUAAAGGCUUACUGAAAGACUCUGAAAGCCACAUUAAUAAUAAUACUGGGAGAGCGCUGAGCUUUUAAUCUUAAAAAACAAACUCGUAUAGUCCUAGUGUACUGUGUACUGAAAGUGACCAGCAACACACUAAACUUGGCACUGAAAUGACAAAGCAAAGUGAGUCAUAAUUUCCCCCUCAUGUGGACAGAGCCAGGCUAGCAGUUUCCCCCUGUUUCCAGUCUUUAUGCUAAGCUAAGCUAACCCCUGGCUGUGGUUUCAAUCUUCUCAUCUAAAGGCCCCAAAAAUGUUAAACUAUUCCUUUAAAAUACAAGAAUCAAUACUUGAAAAAAGGAGAGACACGGUGAAGAGAGUAAAAACAACAACAACAACAACAACAACAACACACAAGCUGCUUCUUCUUCCUCCACCCACUCUCAUCCACACCAUGCCUCUCUUUCAUCCCUUUCUUCUUUCUGUCUCUCUCGUCUACAAUACAGCUUUAGUCCAAAGGUUUCCUCCAGCAACACAGCAAAGCGAGUCAGACGUUAAAGAAUAAAACCAAAGAGCUCUAACUUGACCUUCUCUUCAACACAAAGCCUCCACUGCAUCCUCCACCUCUCUCUAUCCAUCCACCCCUCCCUGUUUGCUCUCCUUCAACUCCUCCGUCACCUGGCGAGCCGGUCUUAGAAGCGUAAACCUCAGCUAUCCAAAGGGGAAUAAUAAUAAUGAUGAUAAUAAUGAUGAUAAUUAAGAUGAUGAUGAAAUGUAUAUUUUUAAGUAUUUGUCACUGGAAAAAUAAUCUUCUCAUAAUUAUGAUGAUCACAACGACGACGAUGACGAUGAUGAUGAUGAUGAUGAUGACGAUGAUGAAGUUUCUCUUGGUAUCUUUGUAGCUGUUCUGAUCCUUCUUAAGUUCUUGUCCUUUCUGCUCGUGCUGCCGGAGAGUUCUGCUUAACUCCCAUCAGCCCUCUCUCACCCCCUCCCCCCCCCCCCCCCCCCCCCCCCCCCUUUUUCAUUUGGUUUACCCAAUGUUUGGUCCUAACGUCUACCUGUCUGACCUUUACCCCUGGAUGUUUGUCUUUACCCGCGUGUGUGUGUGUGUGUGUGUGUGUGUGUGUGUGUGUGUGUGUGUGUGUGUGUGUGUGUGUGUGUGUGUGUGUGUGUGUGUGUGUGAGAAAGAGUGAGCUGUCAAACAUUGACGAGGGGAAGAUGUGGUUUCUUGUUGUUAGCUGUUAAAGAAGGGGAGGGCUUCAGUCUCUUACAUUUUUCACCUGUGAACCAGCGUGUGUGUGCGUGACUGGGUGGGGGUUGCUGGAAGGUGGGACGGGUAUGGUUGCAAAAAAAAAGACAAAAAGAUUCCUUGUUCUUUGGACAACAACAAGCCCCCCCCCCGCACACACAUGACCUGCACUGUCAACUGUAACGUACUGUUUGCCAACUUCCUCGUACACGUAGCUUUAAUUACCCCUGUCACAGCAGUGUGUGUGUGUGUGUGUGUGUGUACGUGUGUGUGUGUGUGUGUGUGUACGUGUGUGUGUGUUUGCAGGUAUGGUUGUAUUACCAUCACUCCUCCCUUUGUGUCUUCCAUCCUGUGAGCCACCCUCCCUCCCAAUCCCCAUGUCCCUCUCUGUCUCCCCCCUUCUUCUCCCUCGUGGUAGCAAGUUAGCCUUUUACUGUAUUUAUCUUGAAAACCAAAAAAAAGAAGAAAAAUAACUACUUGUUCAUUGUACAGUGUUGUUCAUUUUAAGUCAUUUUUGUAACUGAAAGUGUUUCAUUCAUCCAAAUAAAACAGGAGACAAAAACUGUACAGAU